UGACGAUCCACAGAAAGCCCUACUUAGGUUGUUAAUGUGUAUCUAUUUCUUUUAUUGGUAUUGGUUAAUAUGUUUUAACCACGUUUUGUAGUCUAACAAUAAUUUAACAAUGUAAUGUGUUUGAUAUUCCCACAGACAGACCACAUUACAUACUUUCAUGUUAAUCACAUGUCACGCAUGUCCUUGAAGUUUGACGGGUUGUCUAAAAACAAAAACUAAACACAAAAAGUUGUUUUUAUAUGAAAUAGGUUAUGUUUACUGCAUAAAAUUAAAAAAUAGUUAAGUGAAAACACAAAACGUUGGCAGACAGGAAAGACAUUAUUAAAAAACAAACAAGAUUCUGUGGGUUGUGUUAAUUUAUUUCAAAAAUAACAUGUCUUUGGUAGCAGAUUAUGAGAGCUCUGGUUCAUCGUCAAGUUCAGAAAGUGAAGAAGAUUCGUAUAAAAUCCUAGGCUGGUACUGUUUUAGUAAAUCUACAGAAGAAAACUGCUCAAUAAAACCACCUUUAGAGAAACUACCUAAACCAGCUUUUAAUGGUUCACCAGAGAAUAAUGAUGGAACGUCUGUUUUUAAAAAUCCCUUUAAGGAAGAAGAACAAGCAAAAACUGCAAUAUUAGAAAAACAUGUAAAAAUGGUAAAUUUACAAGAUAAUGUGAAAACAAUCAAUGGUAAGAAAAUUUGCUGGAAUUAUCGAAAGGGACGUUGUCGUUUUGGUCAUAAUUGCAAGUAUGCUCAUGAUUCUGAUAUACAGAAGUCCCAAGAAGAAUCUAGUAAAGAGAAAGAAUUUCAACAAAGCAUAAUUUGUGAAGCUAAACAAUUACCGCAACCUACAUUAGAAGAAUUGGGUGUAAUUCAAAGUGAAGCAGCAAGUUCCAAUAAAAAGAAAAGAUCCGGUUUAUGUCAAGGAUUGGUGCCAAACAAGAAAGUGAUGAAAAUGUAUUACCAAACAAAAAAAUAGAUAACAAAUUAUUUUCAUAAAAUAAAUAAGUACCUGAUAAUUAUCAAACUUUUCUCUAAUAGUUAUUAUAUCUAUCUAUUGUAUAAGUUAUUGAAGAGAAAAUAAAUAUGACCGUUUAAAUAAUUAGUAAAAUUGUUUCAACUAAAGGUAAAAAAGGCAGGUUUCAUUAUCUUUUUUAAGAUUUGUGGAACAGAUGUAUAUGAUUAUUUAAUAAAAUAUAAUUGUUUA